CCGUCGUUGCUGUGCGAUCAGCUUUUACGUACCGAUCUGCUAGGGGAGUGUAGAAACGGCAAAAUCCGAAAUACCAUUGCUAGUUGACAAGCCGGAGGAGCGGAUACUGCUCACGCCCAUUGCACGGCGGUCCCUAGAAUCGCCGACAUGCAGAAUUCUUGCGAGACAUCGACCGGCGGAUCUUCUCCUAUCGACCGUCUACCUAACGAUCUUCUAUCGUCAGCUGACGCAUCUCCGGCAGUCGACCGUUUAUCGGACGACCUCCUGUGUUCCAUUCUCCGACUAUCUGCCGUCAACGGCUCUCCCCCCUUCCGCCUCUCGCUCGUGUGCAAGCGAUGGCUUCGCCUCGCGUAUAUCAUCCAGACUUCCUUACCCGGCACGUUCUUCGCAUCUAUCACGCAGAAACCCUCUCCUCCUGCUUUUGACUCGAUCCGAAAACAAACUCCUCUGAGUCAGGCUCCUCUUUGUCUUCAACUUUCCCAUCGUCUCUCGAGAGGAACCAGCGGGAAUGGCGGCGAGAUUGUGAACCAUGGUGGCGGCGGGAGUGGUGGUGAAAGUGCAAACGUUAGCCGCAUCGGUAGCAGCAGUAGCAGCAACGAGGGUAUUUCCAGGAGCAGCAGUAGCAGCAGUCGCCGAGUCAACUACAUCAGCCUUGACCGACCUAGUAAAAUAACUUACCUCCUUAAAUCCCUCGCUAAGUUCCCGCAUCUCACUGGCCUUGCCACGUCACCCCACUGCCUAGAAGCCUACCAAGGAAGCUUCCUCACCAACCUCCCUCUCUCCUGCCCCAGCCUAACCUCCAUCUCCUUCGGUCCCCUCACAUCUCCACAUCAGUCCAUUACCGAAUCAGAUCUUAACGGAUUUUUCCAGGCGUUCAAGUCGCAACUGAGGGAGGUGUACCUGGACGGAUGCAUCAAUAAAAUCACAAUCAUGCCGUCUUCCCUUACAGUCAUCUCUUCCCUUCGUUUACUGUACAUUCAGUCCAGCUGCCUGUUGGAAUUGCCCGAGGAUUUGAGCCCUCUAAGCUGCUUACAGGAGCUAUCCCUCCAGUGCUGGAAACUUUUAUGUCUGCCCGAAUCUGUCGGGCAGCUUUCCUCCCUGACGAAGCUGGACCUGGUUUGUUGCUCCAGUCUUCCUCAGCUGCCCGAAUCUCUCACCCAGCUGCCCGCUCUCACCACCCUUGACGUCUCCCACUGCUCCAAUCUGUUUGACCUGCCCCAGAAUUUCGGGCGGAUGAAAGCUUUGCGAGAUUUCAAGCUAUCCGGGGGAUCGUUUUCGACUGACGUGCCCGAAUCUUUCUGCAGGCUGCCCGAUCUUCGCAAGCUUGAGUUGCGGCAUGCCUAUUGGCUGGACGCCCUUCCAUCCUCAAUCUCCGCCCUCCAGAAUAUCCGAUCCAUAGACCUGAGCAUCUGCAAUUGGCUCAAGAAUCUACCCGAGGAAACCGGGCAGCUGCAGAAAUUAGAGGAGCUGAGGCUGACCGACUGCCUAAAGAUCAACCGGCUUCCGGACUCCCUCUGCUCACUGCCCAACCUGAAGGUUCUGUCUCUCCAAAAGUGCUUCAGUAUAGAGUAUCUCCCUGCAGCGUUAGGAGACAUCUCCUCCUUGACCCAUCUCGAGCUCUGCAAACUAGCCAAGCUAACCACUGUACCCUCAUCAGCACAAGAUCUCCUGAACCUGGAGGUUCUUAUAUUGAAGGGGUGCAAAUCCCUCGCAAGUGUGCCGAGGCUGCUGCUGCAGCAGCCGCGUUUGAAGCACCUUGUGUUGAAUCACAUUGAGUGCCUGGACCAGUUGUUACUUGACAUGGGCGCUAUGGCUGUUCCUGCUGCCACGUCAUCUGCUAAUGCUGCCUCUUCUGCUGCUGCUGGUGCUGCUGCUGCGGCUGAUGCUGCUGGUGCUGCUGCUGCGGCUGAUGCUGCUGCUGCUGCUGCUGCUGCAGCUGGUGCUGCUGCUUCAGAUCUUCUGCCGAGUGUGGCCCCUGCCGGAGUUUCUCCCCCUGCAGCCUUUGCUGCAGGUUCCCCCAAUGCUGCUGCCACUCCUGCUGCUGCUGCUUACCAUACCCCAGCAUCCCAUCCCAGCCGUCCGCCUCUCCUCCUCCCCUCUUCCCUCACUCACAUGGAGCUUGCACGCAACACCACCGUCGCAUCUCUACCCCGCUCCUUCUCCCGCCUCUCUAACCUCCACACCCUCUCCGUCCGUCGAUUCUCCGGCCUCUUCUCUCUCUUGCCCGACCCAAUCACAGCAUGCCAGCUGGCAAGGCUGCAGGAAUUGAGGCUGGCGUUUUGCAAGAAGCUGACUCACCUCCCUCCCUCGCUGCACCUCCUCCUCCCCUCCCUCACCCAUCUCGUUCUCUUCAGCUGCACCGCCCUUUCUUCGCUGCCCAAGGAUCUCGGUCAGCUGGAAAAUCUUUCUUACCUGGAGCUGUCUCGCUGUGUGGGAAUGACCACGCUACCAGAUUCUCUAUGCAGGUCACCGUCCCUUGAGCAACUCAUUAUUUCCACCUGCCCAAAAAUCUCUUCUCUGCCCGCAAACCUCGGGCAGCUGCCAUCGCUAAAAAAACUCUCUCUGGACAACUGCAAGGCGGUAACCAGCCUGCCCGGGUCUUUAGUCCACGCACCGUCUCUCACCUACCUCUUGGUUUCGGGAUGUGGGGGAUUGGCAGCGCUGCCAGAGGACCUGGGUGCGAUGGAGUCGCUGGAAGUACUGAUUGUGCGAUGCUGCGAUGGUGUUCAAGAGUUGCCUGCCUCUCUGGCUCAAGCUCGGAGGCUCAAAAGGGUGGAUUUCAGGAUAUGAGUGGGACUUCAGUUUAUGCACCGAUUGGCAGCGCUGCCAGAGGACCUGGGUGCGAUGGAGUCGCUGGAAGUACUGAUUGUGCGAUGCUGCGAUGGCGUUCAAGAGUUGCCUGCCUCUCUGGCUCAAGCUCGGAGGCUCAAAAGGGUGGAUUUCAGGAUAUGAGUGGGACUUCAGUUUAUGCACCGAUUGGCAGCGCUGCCAGAGGACCUGGGUUCGAUGGAGUCGCUGGAAGUACUGGUUGUGCGAUGCUGCAAUGGCUUUCAGGCGUUGCCUACCUCACUGGCUCAAGCUAGGAGGCUCAGAAGGGUGGAUUUGAGGUGUCAAAAUAUAUUUUGUAUAUGUUAUAGGCUAGAUAGGUGCAUGCUCAUAGAGGGUGCAUGCUUAGCUUAUAUCCCUUGUACCCCAUCUUUCUAAU